CGAGUAUCCGAUGCGAAAAUGUUAAUCCUAUUGCGCUUGAAAGGAAGAGAAUAUUAAAACGAUGCAGCGAAGAGACUGUCGGCAGGAGAUUUGUGAGAAUUCGAGGCUUGCUGAUUUGGAGAAAAUGGAAUAAAGCGCGAGGUGGAUGCCCGGGAAAGGAAGUGUCUUUUCGAAAGAUAAAAAUUCGAAGGAAUAAUUAUUAGAGAGUAUCUGCGACUCCGUUACGACCGUUUAAACGAAUUUCGUCGAGUUCGAUUCGAGUCGGUGAGAUUUUGAAAGAAAAUUGAAACUUACACGCGGAUUAUGAACUUCUGGAAGGUCAAACUUCAUGAAUCUUACAGGAAGAAUAUUUCCAUGAAAGAUUCGAUUUGUCGAAGUUGCGGUGCUCGAUAGGGAGACGGGUCAUCGCUUUGAAGUUUCAUCGAAUUUGGCACGGUCUCUCGAAUGCGUAAGAACGCGCAUGGACGAAGGGAAACGAGUGGACAGGUUUUUAAAGCAAGGAAGAAGUAGAAGAAAGGGAAGGAGGAAGGUUAAGAGGAAAGUAAGCAGGAACGAAAGGAAGAGUUUAAGUUCCGAGCGUCUUUUUGACGACUGCUCUUCCUCGGUAAGGACUAGAAGAGUGUUUCUGAUUUCAUCUGUAAAUUGGACGUAGAAGAGGAGGGCGUGUAAAAAGAUAAGAUACUCGCAGAAGAUGAAACGAAAGUAAAACUAGGCGCGUAAAUCCGAGCGUUGAUCGAUCCGUCUCGCGUUUCGGACGCCUUCCUUCGAUGCUUGUUUACAUUGAAAGCGCGGUUUUCUUGCCCGAGGCCGUAGAUAUGUACCUAUUUACGCAUAUACGCAGCAAGAUUGCAAUUAAUGUCAGCAGAGCUCUCGUCUCGUCGUCUUUAUGCAUUCCAGAAAGCUAGGCUAUCUCUUUCCAAGUAGAGAAGCCAAUCCACGUCGCGAAACGUACAUUAUUUGCGUGACAAUAAAAAGACAGAAAAAGACUUUGGAUCUAUAUUUUUUUUUUUCGAUGCCAUUACCAUUCGAUUUCUACAUCGUUACGUACACGUACACUUUUUCAACGUCGCAGUGCGAUAUAAUCAUCGAUUGAAUCGCUUAAGAAUGAUCGAUGGAAACGAGAAUACGUUUAGCGUAUUAAGAUCGAGGAUUACGUGGGACCAUCAUUUUUCCAAUAAGACUCGUCGUGUUUGAUUAGAAUCUAUGGGUGUCCUCGCUCGCGAGAAAAGGAAAAGAAGAAGGAAAAUUCAUUUAGCUAAGUCACAACUUUUCAGAUUUCAAGGAGCGAUCUUGUUGCUUCGCGAAUGGAAAAACGAGCGAUGCCUUCGAUUCGAAUGCAUUAAAGCAUGAUGGAUUGAGGUAUCGAGAAGAUGAUUACAGAAUAAAUCGAAGAUCAAAUAAAAUGGACGUUUUAUCGGAUCUCCGAUGAGACGAAGGUUUCGGUGGAGGCUGAGAGAAAAAAAAAUGAAGAGAGAGAGAGAGAAAGAGAGAGAGAACUUCGUCGGGAGAGAAGGAAAGGCCGGGAUGCGUGAGAAACGGCCGUGACUGAAGGCGACAAUAAUCGAAAGACUAGAGUUAAGUGCAACUUUGACAAUAAAUAACCAAGGCUGAUACUAGAAGGAAAAAGGGGAUAAUACUGCCAACGUCGUUGCCUAUGGAUCCCGAUGUCUACAUGUCGUUGUGACUUCGUGCAUCGUACGCGCGUAUACACCUACGUAAAUCGCAAAGCUCUUGGCGACGAUAAAGAAGCACGAGAUUCCUCGGUCGAAAACCGGCCGGUGACUGUACUAUCCGCGCUAACACACAAUUUUGUCCUGGCAAAGAACGAGCGAGUCUCUUCGAGGAGAAUCGAUAGCAACGAGCGACGAAGACAAUUCUAGAGAAUCGCGUUAGAAAGAGAAAACAAAAAGAGGAAAAAAGGAAAAAGGAAAAAAGAAAAAAGAAAAGAAUCCCAGGGAAAUGUCGUAAGGUGUCGUCAAGAAAAUUCGUGCGAAUCUCUUUACGGAUUCUUAGAUGCGCAACCAAGAGAGAUUGUCCGGAGUAAGAAGAGAUGUCACUGAAUCACAAAUAUUACUACCAAGAGGAAACGACGUGCGGUGCUUCGAGGAGGAAAGUUUACACGUGCCUGUUGAUCGACUUUCAUCGUUUUGCCUCAACCAAGGAACACUACCACGUGCUCGAUAAUACGCUUCGUCCGACGUUUAAACGUGAGUAAUCUGCGCGUACGACGUCUUUAUUUCUUGGCGUCGGCGAAUCUCGAACAAGAUGCUAUUACGAGUGGCACGCUAAUCAACGUACUUCGUUUGUCUCCCCCACGAAGAAGUUUACAUACAUUUAAAGCUGCUGGCUUACUCGUUUGAAGAGACGAAGAGAGAGAGAGAGAGAGAGAGAGAGAGAGAGAGAGAGAGAGAGAGAGAGAGAGAGAGAGAGAGAGAGAGAGAGAAAGGAAGAAAACGGACAUACGAAUAGCUCGCGUCAUCGGAUUACGAUGAAAACGUCGUACUUGUCGAGAUCGUUUCCAGAGAGAUCGUGACGAGGACGAUGCCUUUGGGCUUUCAAGACGCGAUCUGCACGUUGGGGGAGAACGAACGUGAAUGACUCGACACGGGUGACAACGGUACCGGACGAAGCCGAGGACAGCUUUAAAAUGCCCAGAGCUUCCGUGGUACAUAUGACGUCGACGGCAACGAGACCACAGCACAUGUCGCAGGUUUUGGCGACCCUGGCGCUUUCCAUGGGAACGUUGUCCUCUGGCUUGGCGAAAGGCUACACCUCGCCUGCAUUGGAUUCUAUCCUGGAUAAACAACCGCCUCCUCUCUAUCAAUCGUCCAACAACGAUACGUGGGCGGUUUUCUCGGUGACGACGCAGGAGGCCUCAUGGGUCGCAUCCUUGUCGAUGUUGGGCGCUUGGUGCGGCGCCAUGAUCGGUAAUUGGAUAAUGAGGAGAGGCCGACGCGUAGCCCUACGUGUUACGUCCUUACCCUUGGCUGCCGCAUGGAUACUUACGGGUGUCGCACCUUGCGUAGAAGUCGUCUAUUGCACGAGUUUCCUCGGUGGACUGUUUUGUUCCGUUAUUACUAUGGUCGCCCAAGUAUACAUUUCGGAAAUCUCAAUGCCAGGCAUCAGAGGGUGCCUUUCGGCGAUGUUAAAGGUGCUGGGUCACGUCGGCGUCUUGCUCUCUUACAUAGCCGGAACGUAUUUGAAUUGGCGACAGAGUGCACUCUUGGUGGCCGUCGCACCGUCGAUGCUCUUUUUGGGAACGCUCUUUAUACCCGAAACACCAUCGUAUCUCGUUUUGAAUGGAAAGGACGAGGAGGCAGCGAGCAGCUUGCAGUGGUUACGAGGCGAACAAGUGGACAUAAGACACGAGCUACAGGUGAUCAAGACGAACAUACUGGCGUCCAGAGCGAAGCAAUACGGACUGACGCUAAAGAGCAGCAUGCUGACGCCACGACUUUACAAGCCGAUCGCCAUAACUUGCGGACUGAUGUUCUUUCAAAGAUUUUCCGGAGCAAAUGCGUUCAAUUACUACGCCGUCAUCAUAUUUCGUCAGACAUUGGGUGGAAUGAAUCCUCACGGAGCAACAAUAGCGAUCGGUUUCGUCCAAUUAUUGGCAUCCUUGUUGUCGGGUUUCCUAAUCGACAUAGUAGGCAGAUUACCGCUCCUGAUUGCCAGUACCGUUCUCAUGUCGUUAGCGUUGGCCGGUUUUGGUAGUUACGCCUAUUACGUGUCCCAAACCCAAAAUCUGGGCUACUCCGAUUCCGCGGUACCUACCGGCGAACACGACUGGAUACCGUUGCUCUGUGUACUGGUCUUCACGACCGCCCUAGCCCUGGGCAUAUCGCCAAUUUCCUGGCUAUUGAUUGGUGAACUUUUCCCGCUGGAGUAUCGCGGUAUCGGCUCUAGCAUCAGUACCAGCUUCAGCUACUUUUGCGCCUUCUGCGGCAUCAAACUCUUUAUGGAUUUUCAGCAAGUUCUCGGAUUACACGGAGCCUUUUGGUUCUACGCAGCAAUGGCCGUCUGCGGACUUUGUUUCGUCGUCUAUUGCGUGCCCGAGACGAAGGGCAAACAGUUGGACGAGAUGAAUCCGGACUACGCACAGGCACGGUAGUAUAAGGCCUCCUUGACGGGAGGUCUGUCGAAUCUCGAAAAGGCGAGCAAGCCUUUACCGAGCGGUGCUUAUCCGAAUGAGCACGAUCCUCGAGAAAUAUACAGCGCCGAUCAAGUUGCUCUACCUUCGGCCGGGCCAUCGAUGACUAGUAACUCUGCCCGUGGAAUAACCAGAGGGAGUCAUCGUUCCUUGUCCGAGUACUGUGGCAUAUUCGCCGAGAAAACCAACAGGAUAGGGAAAAACGUGGAGAACUUUAUGCAAUCACGUGGAUUUCUACCGCCGGUUCAAAGGCAAAGCCUCUACGAAACUACUCGUUACCCGAACAACGUUCUCUCCUCGAGCAAAGUCAAUGGGGACAUAAAGAAAGGAGUUUAUGGUAAAACGAGAAUCUACGAGCAAGAUCGAUAUUACGACGGAAUAACGAGCGUUGAUAAUAACGAUCGCGGGGAGACAUUAGUUUCGAGAGAAUCAAAGCCGAACGAUCGCGUACGUUACACCUCCGAGAUGCAGUUGGCUCGUAGACCGAAAAGACGUAACUAUCGCGAGGAAGAGUACGAUGAUCGGUCCGACGCUUGGAAAGACCCAUCGAGAAACGUAAACGGUGCUAAGCCGAUCCUGAGAAAUGGCAUCGGUUACCAGAGAGACGAAAGACCGUACUGUUCCACUCUGCCGAGGCGUAGCAGGACCAUUAAUUUCAAGGAUCAACCUUAUAACUCCCUGGAGGAGCUACGCGGAUACCCGAAGAGUCUCCAGGAUUUAACGGAUUUCGAGGUCGAGGAGAGAAUAGGAAAUUCAACCGUGGCCUCCUUCCCGAAAACGAGAACGCGUUCGAGGGAUGACAGACCGGCCGACGUUUAUCGUCAGAGAAGACUACGAGACCCCCCGGUGGAUCCUUUGCCCGAGGACGACUAUUUGAAGUUUUGUAGAAAUUUAGCGAGGAUGGAAAGAUAUCCUCGGGGAGGCCGUUACGAGCCGGGACAGGUGCACUACGAGAGAGAGUGUAGAACCUUUGGAAAGGACACCGUAGCUUUUAUUUAUUACAAGACAUGUUAUUUGUGAUCAUUUCACAGGGACUGCGAACGAGAAGCUCCGAGAAAAUACAAAGAUAAAAUAUUUCUUAUUUUCAUUCGACGUUUGCUCUGCGAGGAGCUUCUCUAAAUUACUCGAAACGAGUCUCAAGUUCCUUCGAGACGAGCGAAAGAUUCGCGAGAACGCUUAAAGAUAAUUACUACCAUAUCGGGCUGAACUUUAUUUUCAACCCCUUUUUCAAACGUUUAGCAAUUUUCUUUGGACUCGAUAGUUGCGGUAUACGCAUUUUUCUUUUUUCUUUUUUUAUUACGAGACGAACGUACGUGCGGAACGAAAAACCGAAAGAUAUACGUACUAUACAUGUAGAUAGAUACACACACACACACACACACACACACACACACCUAAAGAGAUUUGCGCUAAAACAAAAGGCAGAACUUCCAUGCAUCGUGCCUUCCUCGAAAAACGCGACAAUAUUAUGCCGAGACGAUAAUACUUAAAAAUCUCGUGUACCUACUACGUGUAUAUUUGUAAACACAUACGCGAAUAAUGUAUAUAAAGAAUAGAGAUGAUUUAGAGGUGAUUAUUGUUAAGAAAUAAAUUCGACGAAUCGCGCGAUUUGCGAAGAGAUUCUUCCGAGACGGAAUCUAUGGAUAGACUAAAAGAGAAAACAAAAAAAUAAAAGGAUUAGAUCGAUAAUUAGGAUACGUAGGACUCGCAAAAAAUUUCGUAUUUUUGUUCCAAUAUAAUCGGACGAUUCGUAGCCGAUUAUAAGAAUCUUUCUAUUUACAAUCAAUUUUUACCAGAGAGGAGACCUGAGCUACGUACUCGCGUUGCCUGGCUUUACUAGAGAAAAUAUAUGUUAAUUACUAAGGUGCAAAAGGGCACGCGUUAUUAUCGAAGAAGAAGGGAAUAAUAAAUGGCUCUGGUCUCAUCCUCGUGACUCGAUCUGCGAGUCAAUGACUUAAUUACGACAAUAUCUGUAGAUAGAUACGUCUGUAUACACACGCGCAUACUUAUUAUCUUUCUUACAUCUAUAUCGCAUAUCGGAGUAUUGUAUAUAACGUAUCCAAUAUUUACCCACGCAUGUACAUACGUAUUCGCACGAGUGUGGGAGCAACAAGUAAACAAAAUUUAUCGACAAUAUAUACAUAAGUAUAUGAUACAUAUACACACAUAUAUCGAUCGUUGCCAAAUUCGUUUGAUCUCUAGGUUUAGAACUCGAAGAAUAAAAUUUUGUAAAGUACUGCGUAUAUAUUCGAGAACAUACGUACGUAGGUAUAUACGAUUUAUUCUUCAGCUGUAAUUUCCAUUGCAUUUAGAUAGAGAGCGAGAGAGAGAGAGAGAGAGAGCGAGAGAGAGAGAGAGAGAGAGAGAGAGAGAGAGUUGAUAAGCCUAAUGUUUACUUUCUUCUAAAAGUCUACCUACGUUUAGCUGCCAUUUAACGAUAUAAUAUUUUUAUAAGAUUUUGUCAAAUCGAAACUAAGGAUUCGUGCAAUGUGAACACAACCUUCCGUUCUCCGUCUCGCGAGAGAUUAACGUGAGAUGAGGGUUAGAAAGAAAAUCUGUAUCUGUAUUUGAUAUUUUUAUAUAGUCUGUAGAAAAAAGAAUACAAAAAAAAAAGAAAAGAAAAAAAGGAAAACAAUAUUAGCCGCUGAAACGUCGCGAAAAAGGAUUUUCAAUAUACGACCGACGUUGUGUUACGCAGAAGAGUCUGCGAUCGUGAUCAAAGGCCUAGUCUUCGAAACGGGGAAAGAUAUUUCGUUGUUCUGCGAGAGAGAAGAUGUAAAGAAGAUAUAAAGAAAUGAAGAAAGGUAAAGAUAAGGAAAAAGGAUUUCGAUGUUUCCUUAUUCACUCGUCGGACACGAUAGAAUAUAUCGCGUUGUCUUUCUCCUUGCGGUCGUCGAGUAAAAAACUUCUUAUACUUCCGUAAUCAUUUAUAUCUAUGUAUAUCCAAGUAUAUAAGUCAUAUCCUUGCCAUAUCCAAUAUUCUAACGAAAUGGAAGUCUGUGAGGCGCGUAUUACGAUUUCGCGUACUUAAACUAAUCGAUAAAAAUACCUAUCGGAAAUGAUAUACUAGCGGUGCUUUUGUAGACAAAGCUCGGAUCGAUCCGAAGCUUUGAACAAUAAGAUUUCUAUAAAGGGUUGCGUCCGUGCAAUUGCAAAACCGUUCGAAUCGAUCUCGAACGAUUUUGAGAUCCAUUGGGCGCGUCUUGUCUGACCGGUGCAGGCACAGUGAAUAACUCGAAGCAAAGACAUAUCGCUAGCUCAUCGGGAAAGAAAUUGCCCUCGAUCAAGAGUGACUUUCUCUCUGUCUCUCUCGAUCGAGUGGAAUGCGAAGAAAAUGUUAUAUAAUCGAUUGAAAAAAUUCACGUGUAUCUUAAAAAAGAAAAGAAAAGAAUGAUCUCUCGGGCAAACAUAUCUUGUCAAAGUAAAAUUUGCAGGGUGUUAAAUCACUGUGUACUUAAGGGGUAAGAAAAGACAAAAGAAACCUGUAUUAAUAUCCUACGAUGUUGAAGGGCUUGGACGUAGUAUCGAAUAAAAUUUCUACGAUUAAGAUAUAGCGCAAGUGCAAUGCUCGUUAAACGAGUGCACGCGUAGCUUAAGAGAAUCGACUUUAGAGAUCUAUACAUACAGUGUGUACAUACAGAUUUUCGACCAUCCCGUUCUUUAGUAUUCUUUGCGCCGUACCAAUAAUAAUUCUUAUUCGUGCCAAAGGCACAAUUUGCGGACUUGGAGUGACUAUUGCGUAAUCUAAAGCGAGUAUUAUUGUCGUUUCUUUCCCGUAGUCAACGUCGAGCCUGAUAAAGGAAGAAACGAAAAGAAAAGAAAAAAAAUGAAAAAAAUAUAUAUAUAUAUAUCACACACAUACGACAUACAUAGUACAUGCGACAUAUAUAAUUAUACAUAAAAUAUAUCUGCACUGUGCACUUUCGUGAAUUGAAGGUUUAUUGUAAUACUCUUGGCGGUACGAUAGAGUUCGAAUCGGAAACAAAGCGUCGUAUUACCGCACACAUAGAGAAUGUAAAUUAGUCGAGGAUAUUAUAGGCGUCGUAUCAAG